UCCAUGACUGCAUCUCUUUAUGUCACAGCGUCUGAACUCAGGAUUGUGCUGUUGGGGAGAAGUGAGAACAAAAAGAAGAAACUUGUUGAUUUUAUCGUCCAGUCUCAAGAUUUCCAAUCAAAACAAGUCACAGAUGUUGGGACUCAAAAAUCAUCAAAGUGUUUAGCGUCUGGAGAGUGGAGAGGGAAACCAGUAACAGUAGUGAACACACCAGACAUGUUCAGCUUAUCUGAGGAUCAAAUAAAAAGAGAGGUGGAUUGCUGUAUGAAGCUCUGUUCUCCAGGACCAAAUGUUCUGUUGCUGUUUGUGAACACGUCUAAUUUCUCUGAAGAGAACAGACAAAAGAUGAAGUUCAUCAUUAACCUAUUUGGGCAGGAUUCCCUCAAACAUUCAAUGGUCAUCAUGACACAUAGAAAUGACAUGAGCAUCAGUGAACUCCUGGAAGAUUGUGAGGGAAGACACCACUACCUGUUUGCAGAUAACAAGGAAUCCCUGAUGGAGAAGAUUGAAAAAACAGCAAAGAAACACAUACAAACCUCCAUGACUGAAGAGCAACAAAUUAAACCAGUCUUAAACCUGGUUCUGUUUGGGAGACAAGGAGCAGGGAAAACCUCAGCAGCCAAGGCCAUUUUAGGUCGGAGAGACAUUCGUUCAGUCUCCAAAUCACCAGAGUGUGUCCAGAAUCAAGGAGAGGUGUUUGGACGUCGGGUUUCCCUGGUGGAGCUGCCUGCCUUGGGUGGAAAACCUCCAGAGGAAGUGAUGGAGGAAUCACUCAACUGUGUCUCCCUCUGUGAACCUGAGGGCGUCCACGCCUUCGUCCUGGUCCUACCUGUGGCUCCACUCACGGAUGACGACAAGAAGGAGCUGCAAACCAUCCAGAACACGUUCAGCUCUCGAGUCAAUGACUUCACCAUGAUUCUGUUCACCGUGCAGUCCGAUCUCACCCAGCCAGGUGUUGUUAACUUUGUAGAAAAGAGCAAAGACAUCCAGGAGCUCCGUCAGAGCUGUGGAGAGAGAUCUCUCAUCUUCAACGUUAAGAGUAAUGAGCAGGUCCCAGAGCUGCUGGAUGCUGUUGAAAAUAUAAACCAACUCAAAAACAGUUACUCAGCAGACACAUUCAUGAAGGUCCAAAUAGAAAGAGUCGUACAAGAAGAGAGAGACAUCACUGCACUGAGAGCUGAAGUAAAGAAGCUGAAAGCAAAGAUGUAUGAUGAAGAGCAGCAGAGCUCAGACUCUCUCAGGAUUGUUCUGAUUGGGAAGACAGGCUGUGGAAAAAGCUCCUCAGGAAACACCAUUUUAGGAAGUAAAGCAUUUAAAGCUGAAUUAAAGCAAACUUCAGUCACCAAACGCUGUCAGAAAGAAGUGGGUGAAGUGGACGGUCGUGCUGUUGCUGUGGUCGACACUCCCGGUCUGUUUGACUCGACUCUGUCACAUGACGAGGUCAACGAGGAAAUGCUGAAGUGCAUCAGUCUUCUGUCUCCAGGACCCCACGUCUUCCUGGUGGUGGUGCCGAUCGGCAGAUUCACCCGCGACGACAAGGACACACUCAAACUCAUCAGGGAAGCUUUUGGGAAGAAUUCAGAACAGUUCACCAUCAUCCUUUUUACAAAUGGUGACGCAUUAGAACGUGAAGAAAAAUCUGUUGAAGAUUUCAUCAGAGAGGGCGAUGACUCGUUUCAGAAGCUGAUCAAUGACUGUGGAGGAAGGCACCACGUGUUCAAUAACAACGAUAAACAGAAUCGUGAACAGGUCAGAGAUCUGAUAAGAAAGGCUGAUGACAUGUUGAAGAGAAACAAAGGAAACUGCUACACCAAUGAGAUGCUGCAAGAAGCUGAAGCAGCGAUAAAGAAGGAGGUGGAGAGAAUCCUGCAGGAGAAAGAAGAAGAAAUACAGAGAGAAAAGGAAGAACUUAAACAAAAACAUGAAGAAGAAAUGCAAGAAAUGAAAAGAAAAAUGGAAGAAGAGAGAGAAAAAAUACAACAACAAACUGAGCUGAAACUCAAGGAAAUGAAGGAAAAUAUAAAUAAAGAGCAAGAAGAGAAAAAGAGGGAACAGAAAAAGAGGGAAGAGGAGAGGAGGAAUAGGGAACGUAGAGACGAAGAACAUCGCCAGAGUUUGAACAAACAGCUUGAAACAUUGGACAAACAAAUUCAGUCAGAAAAAGAGGAAAAGAAAAGAGAGUUGGAACAGGCCCGAGAAAAGAAGAAAAAACAAAAGGAGGAUUUUGAUAAAGAACGUAAAGAAUUGGUGGAAAAUCAAAAGAAAGAAGAUGAAGAGAGAAAACAGAAGGAGCAGAAACGACUGGAAGAACUCAAGGAACAAUAUAAGAAGGAAAAAGAAAUGAGUGAAAAGAAAAUGAAGGACGAGGAAAACAUCAGAAGAGAAAAGGAGGAAGAAGAAAAAAAACUGUUAAAAGAAAAACUAGAAGAUCUGCAGAAUAAGACUGAAGAGGAGGUCAGGAGAUUAGCUGAAGAGAAUAAUGAUUUCCAGAAAAAAUAUCAGAAGAACCUGGCAGGUCUGGAGGAAGCACACGAGAGGGAUCUAAGAGAAAUCAGUGAGCUGGCAGAGGCUGUUUCAAAUAACAGCCAAUAUCUGAUCAAAAUCAAAGAUUUACAGACGGAACAUGAGAGCCAAAUGAAAAAAGUAAAGGAGCAGGAAAAGGAGAAGCUGCAGAAAACCCAUGAAAGUAAAAAGAGUAAAAUGAUACAAGAGUUUCUUGAUGAGAUAAAGAAAAGUCAGAAGGAAUCCCGUCACCUGCCGGCGGGGUCUCGGCUGCAGGUGGCCCGGACAGACCUGGAACCGCGCAACUGCCAUCGUGGUCCAGUUUGCAACAGGACCGUGUCUGGACUUGUUUGUCCGGACUUGUUUGUCCCGGGCUUGUUUGUCCCGGACUUGUUUGUCCCGGACUUGUUUGUCCCGGACUUGUUUGUCCCGGACUUGUUUGUCCCGGACUUGUUUGUCCGGACUUCAGCGCCAUGCUUCGAUCGCGAGUUUAUGCUCCAGGUAAAUGCCAGCCAGGUGCAGACUGUUGGACUGUCACUGCUGCUCCUCACAGAACUUUCUAGAAGUUCCUCUCCAUCGCCUUCCACCCACACCUUCAACGUCUUCAUCUGA